UUAACAGGCUGUGAUGAGACAGUUGCACCUUAGCUUAAAACAAAGCUUUAUUCACUGACAUCUUGAGUAGUGUUACGGGUGACUGACUUACAAGGGGGUGAGAAGGCUGAGCAUCUCUAAAAGCGUUCCAGUUUUCUCUUUGGCUUAGAAAAACAUCAUUACAGAUAAUUACUAUCACUACAGUGCUGAGUAAUUAUGAUAAUAAUAAUGGUCUUCUAUUAGGGUGAUACUCAAUGCUGAGUACUAAAUUGCAAGAAAUAAACCCUGUUCAUGAGAUUUAAUAGUUUGUGUGUGUGCGUGUGUGUGUUCAUUCCACUCAUACUGUCAAGGCCUUGGUCUGAUUAUGAAACAGUUUAUCCUUUUGUUCAUUAAAUCUGAUCAACUAAUUCAUUAUUAUAGUGAACUGCAUCUGGAUUGACAUUAUUUUUUCCUCAGCAAAAUGUGUACUUGUUGGUCAAACCUAAAAGACAGCCAACUAACCAAAUGGACAAUCCCUGCCUGUUUAAGGCGUAAAACAUGAUUCGGCAUACUGUUAUAGAAAAUUAAUCAGUGUCCAUGUGAUGUAUUUUGUUCCAUUACCACCCCAAUGAUAUUUUCCUAUAACAGCAAGUCCCCAAGUGUUUUAUUCCUCUUAUUAAAAAUAAUGCAUUAAAUAAUGUAUUAAAGAAUGACACAUCAUACUUUUAACCAUUUAUAAUUACACUUAAUUUUGUGGACAGUCCAUGAGACAAGUGAGCUCCUGUUAUCACUUACGUUAUGGCAGCUGGUUCCCUCACCAGCCCCUCUAUUUUUUCCUCAUGCUUGAAGUUAAUAACACAAAAAAUGCAGUGAAAUGCAAUGAAAAUGUUACCCGGAAAACAAGGAGGUGCAAAAUCCUGAAGACUUUCCACUGGCUGAAAACUUACUGACUGUUACAAAGGACUCAUACUGGAAACACUUUCCAUAAAUGUUAAAUAAACAUCUCCUUACAGAAAGCUUUACCAUAUCCAUGAUUAUACACUCUGUUAAAAAGCAGCACUUUUUUAAUCUGUAGGCUUAGAUUAUUUGAAGCGUCUGCCAUACAAGUGAAUAAGUUGUUACUACAGAAAUGACAACUUAUUAGAAAAAGCACUUUAAUAUUAGCCUGUGAUUUGAAUCAUCGCUGGAACUACUAUCAGAACUCCUGUUACAGAAAAUUAAUCAGCACCGUCUGACUAAUAAGAAUCAAGAAUUCAACUGCACUGUGGUAUAAAUCGGGAAUGAAAUGGAUUCAUCAAAACCCAAUUCAGAUCCACCUGAAAUUACAAAGCUUACAAUCUGCUACUUUAUUUUACACCAUCAGCUAUAACUGUGUCAGCUCUCCAGUGACUGUUCAAUCUCAGGUUUUCCCAGAAUUCUCCUGUCUACUUCCCAUCUUCACAUUUCUGCUCCAGCUCAUUUCAUGAUCUUUAGUACUAUGAGGUCCUCUCUGGAUGAAAAAGCAGCAGCGGAUAGAGCCUUAUAAUAUUAAGGUCACAAUGUAUUGCAUAUCAUACUUUUUAUGUCUUGUUAACAUUUUAAGGUCUUGGCUUAUUAUUCAGUUAUUAACCAAAAAUCAUAUUAUCAGGAGCUACAGUCAAACUAAUCGUAAAGUUAUUUAGUUACGCGAGUCACGAAUGUUAGUCUGCUGAUGGAUCCUGUUUGUCUAUGUCUUGACUAUUGCAAAGUCGUGUGUGUGUGUGUGUUAGACCACAGCAUUUCCAAGCCAUGUUCCUUGUUUUCCUAGGUUGCUAGAUCCAUAUUGAGUCUUUACAUGUAAAGAUUCACUAAUCUAAAUCUGGAUUCAGCAGUUAACUUGCUGUAUGGUUUACUAUAUAUAUGGUAAACUUGCUGUCACUUUCUAUUCAUUACAUUUCAAAAGAAAAAUCUCUACUUUCAAAGUAGACUAGUUUCUGAUCAAAUUGUUAAGAUAUUAAUAGUGAGAUCAAUAUUCUCCAAGAACAUGCAUUCCCACCCUUUGGCCUUUAUCUGCUUCUAACCUCCUUUGUGUCCUCUGAGCAGCUUUUGUGCUUUCUAAGUUGUAAUAUUUUCCCCAGCAUUCUUCCUGACAUGUCUUCCGCAGCACUCAUAAUCUAUCAUUCAUUCAUCAUCAAUAACCUCUUUAUCCUGGUCAGGGUCACAGUGCUGAUGGGUGUGAGAUGGGAACACACUCCGAAUGGGACACCAGUCCAUCACAGUCCAUCAUGAAGCCAUACAUUCAUACAGCUUAAAAGCAAUUGAUUAAUUUUUUUUGUUAACAAAUCUAAAAUCUAGGCGUUGUUACAAGAACAUGUAGGUAAACAAUCCCUUGAGUAGUUAUUUGUAAAUUUCUACAUUUUAUAUUUGAUAGGCUGUUUGUACACUUACAAGCAAGCGUGGCCUCUGUCCCUGUCAGUCUUAGUUAAGAAGGCAUGGUUUCUGCGACUGUCCUUUUGGGGAAAGGGGGCGUGGCCUCUGUCCCUGUCAGUCCUAGUGAGGGACGCAUGGCCUCUCUCCCUGUCAGUCCCAGUAAAAGGGGCAUGGCCUCUGUGUCUGUUAGUUCCAGUUAAGGAGGCAUAUGCUCUGUCCUUGCCAGUCCCAGUGAGGGAGGCAUGGUCUGUCCCUGUCAGUCCCACUGUAAAGGUGUGGACUCGGACCCUAUCAGCCUCAGUUGAAUGGCUAUGCCCUCAGUGUCACUAAAGAGGCAUGCCCUCUGUCCCUGUCAGUCUCAGUUGAGGAGGCAAAAAUGGUAAUGGUAUACAUAACUGAAUUACAUUAUAUUGAAUCUUUCACCUGUUAAGCGAACUGAGUUGUUUAUCAUAUAGUUUCACAAGGAGGGUUACACACUAUGUCACCAUGUUUCUUAGUUCCUCACUAGUUGUCUUAUUUUUCUUACCCUUGUUAUGUCUGUUAUUCUAUUUGUUCUUAUCCUGACCAGCCUGUUAUGGUUCAGGGUAUAAACUUGCCUCUGCCACCUUUGCCUGCUUGUGUCCUGGAGGCAAAACAAAAAUUAUGUAUCAUUGUAGAAAGACUCUGUAAAUACAGCUUUGGCCUUGCCUGUGUUUUGUGAAAACUUCUGUAACAAUAUUAUGUAGCAAUGACUCAAUAGGUGUCCCACAGGCACUUCUGCCUGCUUGUUUGCUUUCUUGGUUUGAAGGCUUUGGUUUUUGUUUUCCUAAUUACCUUUUUCUAUUUCCACAUCAACACCUGAAAGUUAAUGCUGUGAUUUCUGCAAGACAUCAGCAAACAUAUUAACAUUCUGAGGUGUUCGGUGUGACGCUGUGGAGGACUAAAGGGUGUUAUUUAAAUUCCCAAAAGAAACUUGUGGAGUUCAUGCCUUGACGGGUCAGAGCUGUUUUGGCGACACAAGGGGGAUCUACACAAUAUUAGAGAUACCUGCUUCCAGCACUCUUCCAUAAAGCCUGGAAUUUCUACACUGACUGAGUGCCUUAUCGCCUCAGUACCACAUCAGUGAUGGGGAAAAGCAUGUUCCAUCUUCUGUCUCUCACAGAAGUCUUCCUCCUCGUCCUGUCUGUACCUUAUAAGUACUACCUAGUCCAACAGGGGAAAACUUGGAGUGAUGCUCAGACGUACUGCCGAGCAAACUACACUGACCUGGCCACUGUUGAAGGCAAGGACGACAUGAUCAAGCUUCAAAAUGAGGCACAGAAGCACCAAUUCACUUCCAGUGCUUGGAUUGGCCUGUACAAUGAUGUUAAUAGCUGGCGUUGGUCCCUGGAAAAUCAGCCACUAGGAAAUUUGACAGAUUGGUGUUCCGACCAGCCUAACUAUGGAACAGAAGCAUGUGCUGCUUUAAACCAGUGGUGUUGGUUUGAUGUACCUUGUUCAAUUUCAUAUCCCUUUUUGUGCUUUGAUGUCAGGAACACAGGGUCCAGCAGAUACGUUCCUAUUUCUACUUCCAUGGCAUAUCACGAUGCUCAGAGUUACUGCAGACAGCAUCACACAGACCUGGCCAGUGUGCGAGAUGUGGAGGAAAAUUCAAUUAUAAAGAAAACAGUCUCUUCUAAUUCUUGGGUUGGUCUGUUCAGAGACCUCUGGAAAUGGUCCGACCGGAGCAACUUCUCUACCGUUGAUUGGGUGUCAGGAAAACCGUGGGAUGCGGGGCAGACUGAUAAUUGUGGUAAUUUUAUUAAUGGCCAGGUUGACUCUGCAAAAUGCUCUGAGAUAAUGCCUUUCUUCUGUCUCUCAGAUUUUCGAAAAAAACAAAUCAUGAGAAUGAAAGUUCAAUCGAAUCAGGAUGUGAAUGAUCCUGCAGUAAAGGCAGCAAUCUUACAGAAGAUCAAGCAAAAACUAAAGGAGCUUGGGAUAGCAAAGAACACCACAGUGAAAUGGAGAGAGCAACCAGAUGGCAUGGUCUUUCACAAGACAAAAGAUAAUAAUUAUGCAGGAAUUAAGACCAGGGAAAAAUGUGAUCUCUAAAUCAGUUAAUGUAAGCAUUCUUUUCUUUAGCUUGAAAUUGAACAGACCUUAUUUUUUAGUGCUUUUUGGACUGUACGUAAAACAAGAAUGAAAAUCAUCAACAUCAGCUUGAAUUAUUUGAUUUUGCUAAGCAUUAAGCAGGCAUUUUUAAUUAUUAAGUCUACAGUCCACAUGCUUUACAGAUGUCAAUAGAUCAUAAAAUAGCACUUCAAGAAAACUGAGCAAAGGAAGUAAAAUUUUAUGUUAUUAUUCUUCUUGUCAUAAUAAGUUCAUGUUCAUGUAGUUGCUCAUGUGCAUACUCAUGAUUACAUUGUACUGUACUCUUACAAUAUACAGUCAUGGGAAAAAAAUAAAACAAUUCCUCCUCUUUA